GAAGGAUUUGCCAUACUACUCAGGGGACCCCAUGGAAUGGCUGCAAUUUAAACAGGCCUAUGAAGAAUCGACUGAAGUCUGCAACUUCAAUCCGAAGGAAAAUUUAUGGCGUUUACGGAAAUGUCUACGUGGAGCCGCAAAGGAAGCGGUAUCAGCUUUACUCAUCAGCGCCGUAACUCCUGAUAAAUUAAUGGCGACACUGGAACUAAGGUUCGGUAAUCCAGAUAUAAUUAUAUCACGCUUGAUACAAGAAUUAAAAAAGUUACAUCCAGUGUCACAAGAAUAUCAAAAGGACAUAGUGUACUUUGCUGUGAAAGUGCAGAAUUUCGUGGAAGCAACACGAGCCGUCGGCCGCCAGGAAUAUUUACAAGUGUUUACUGUCAAGUCAUGAGCGCGAAACAUGUCCGGCGCCCGCCUGCGAUAAAGAUGGCUGCGGCGGAGCGCACCACCGGCU